AUUGCAGAUUGAGUUUAACCAAGACGUGCAGAGGCUGAUCACCGCUGCCCUGACCUACCACAGAAGAAGGGGGCUCUGUCUUCCCAGUUGGGCUUGUGUUGACAUCACGGAUAACUUAGCAUCACCUGUUGCCUGUGUGGAAAAUUCUCCCUAUUGAAUUUUUUUGCACAUGGAGGACAACAGCAGAAAGAGCCAGACGGGCUGAUAAGACCAGAGGCAGCUGGGAGAGUAUUUCACCUCACGCCCUCAGGACGUUUCCUCUAGCUGGGGUUCUGGACUUGGACAGAACCCCGUCCAGUCAUUUUGAUUUUGCUAGCUGUCUUUAUUUUCCCCACCACAUUGUAUUUUGUUUCUGUACUUCAGAAAUGGGCCUACAGACCACAAAGUGGCCCAGCCAUGGGGCUUUUUUCCUGAAAUCUUGGCUUCUCAUUUCCCUGGGGCUCUACUCACAGGUGUCCAAACUCCUGGCCUGCCCCAGUGUGUGCCGCUGCGACAGGAACUUUGUCUACUGUAACGAGCGAAGCUUGACCUCAGUGCCUCUUGGGAUCCCGGAGGGCGUAACCGUACUCUACCUCCACAACAACCAAAUUAAUAAUGCUGGGUUUCCUGCAGAACUGCACAAUGUACAGUCGGUGCACACAGUCUACCUGUAUGGCAACCAACUGGAUGAAUUCCCCAUGAACCUUCCCAAGAAUGUCAGAGUUCUCCAUUUGCAGGAAAACAAUAUUCAGACCAUUUCACGGGCUGCUCUUGCCCAGCUCUUAAAACUCGAAGAGCUACACCUGGAUGACAACUCUAUAUCCACAGUGGGGGUGGAAGACGGGGCCUUCCGGGAGGCAGUUAGCCUCAAAUUGUUGUUUUUGUCCAAGAAUCACCUGAGCAGUGUGCCUGUUGGGCUUCCUGUGGACUUGCAAGAGCUAAGAGUGGAUGAAAAUCGAAUUGCUGUCAUCUCAGACAUGGCCUUUCAGAACCUCACGAGCUUGGAGCGUCUGAUUGUGGACGGGAAUCUCCUGACCAACAAAGGCAUUGCUGAGGGCACCUUCAGCCAUCUCACCAAGCUCAAGGAAUUUUCGAUCGUACGGAAUUCGCUCUCCCACCCCCCUCCUGAUCUCCCAGGUACGCAUCUGAUCAGGCUCUAUUUGCAGGACAACCAGAUAAACCACAUCCCCUUGACAGCCUUUGCAAAUCUCCGCAAGCUGGAACGGCUGGAUAUAUCCAACAACCAACUCCGAAUGUUGACUCAAGGGGUCUUUGAUAAUCUCUCCAACCUGAAGCAGCUCACUGCUCGGAAUAAUCCUUGGUUUUGUGACUGCAGCAUUAAAUGGGUCACAGAGUGGCUCAAAUAUAUCCCUUCCUCUCUCAACGUGCGGGGUUUCAUGUGCCAAGGUCCUGAACAAGUUCGGGGGAUGGCUGUCAGGGAGUUGAAUGUGAAUCUUCUGUCAUGUCCCACCGCGAGCCCCGGCCUGCCUCUGUUUACCCCGGCCCCAAGCACAGCUUCUCCAACCACUCAGCCUCCCACUCUCUCUGUUCCAACUCCCAGCAGAAGCUAUACACCUCCAAGUCCUACCACAUUGAAACUUCCCACAAUUCCCCAAGGGGAUGGCCAAGAAAGAGUGACCCCCCCUAUUUCUGAACGGAUCCAGCUCUCUAUCCAUUUUGUCAAUGAUACUUCCAUCCAAGUCAGCUGGCUCUCUCUCUUUACAGUGAUGGCAUACAAACUCACGUGGGUGAAAAUGGGCCACAGUUUAGUAGGGGGCAUUGUUCAGGAACGCGUAGUCAGUGGCGAAAAGCAACAUCUGAGCCUGGUUAACUUAGAGCCCAGAUCCACCUAUCGGAUCUGUUUAGUGCCACUGGAUGCUUUUAACUACCGCACCGUCGAAGAUACCAUUUGUUCAGAGGCCACCACCCAUGCCUCCGACCUGAGCAGUGGCAGCAACACCGCUUCCAGCCACGAGCAGACGACGUCCCACAGCAUGGGCUCCCCUUUUCUUCUGGCGGGUUUGAUUGGGGGUGCGGUGAUAUUCGUGCUGGUGGUCUUGCUCAGCAUCUUUUGCUGGCACAUGCACAAAAAAGGGCGCUACACCUCCCAGAAGUGGAAAUACAACCGGGGCCGGCGGAAAGAUGACUAUUGCGAAGCAGGCACCAAGAAGGACAACUCCAUCCUGGAGAUGACAGAAACCAGUUUUCAGAUCGUCUCCUUAAAUAAUGAUCAGCUCCUUAAAGGAGAUUUCAGACUGCAGCCCAUUUACACCCCAAAUGGGGGCAUUAAUUACACAGACUGCCAUAUCCCCAACAACAUGCGAUACUGCAACAGCAGUGUGCCAGACCUGGAACACUGCCAUACGUGACAGCCAGAGGCCCAGCGCGAUAAAGGUGGACAGUUCAACUCCUGAGAACACACACGUGUGUGAACAUAAAGACACGCCAAUUACAUUUGAUAAAUGUUACACAGAUGCAUUUGUGCAUUUGAAUACUCUGUAAUUUAUACGGUGUACUAUAUAAUGGGAUUUAAA